AUGGAAGACUUUGACCUGGUGAAAAAUUUACAAAAGACUUCUCCAUCGUCUGUAGAACCUGAAGACAAAAAUUCUCCCCAUUACCUUGGACUAAACUUAAACACUGCUAGAAGUUGUCCCCACCUUAGUACAAAUGGAGUGUCCCGUUCCUUGGGGAACACCAGACCAUCUGUUAUCCAACAUACAGUUGAAGGCCCAACCUGUUUAAUGCAAGAGCUGCAAAGCAGUGGGAAGACUGAUUCGGAACUUUGGAAAAACUGUGAGACCUGGUGGUUACAGCUCUUCAGUUUGGUGGAAAAACAAUGCCAGGAGCAGAUAGUGGCCCAGCAGGAGCAGUUCCACAGCCACAUUCAGCGUAUACAGGAGGAGAUAAAAAACGUGGUGAAGCUACAGACCAGUAGUGCUGCCUGGGCACCCUGUGGUGGUUCUUCAAGCAAACAAGCAUCUCCCGAAAGUCAGAUGGGUUUUCUUUCUGAGAACAGCGAGAGAAAUGAGUGUGUGCUCCAUUUUCCUAUGUCUAAAGAACCCGAGAUGCAGCAAGAUUCCUCCUCAUCCCAGCCAGACUGCAACGUGGACAGCAGUUCUGUGAGCAGUGGCUAUGGCACCUUCUGCGUCUCAGAUGUAAACGCCUGCAAGUCUCAGGACCCCAGAGAGCUGAUGGAACAUGCAGAGUCCCCUGCAGGACAGUACGCAGCCCCCAUGGUGCCGACAGAGUCGUUUGCAGGUGGCGUGACGAGUCAGAGCUUUUACAUACAGACCGCAGAGGAGCUCAGCGUGUCUCUAAAGGAUGGUCUUUCUAAUUUUCCCGAUGAAUUUGAGCAUGGUCUUCUUGGCGAAAACAAAACCUCAGAAGUAUAUAGUGCAAAACCAAAUAGCAAAUCUAUAACAUCCUGGGCGCAAAAGCUGAAGCAGAACCAACCAAAGAGAGCGCACGUGGGAGAGGGACGCUCACAGUCUGUGCACGGAAGCGAGCAGGCGAGGUCGCCCCCCGAGAAGCCUGAUUUCUCUGCUGCUGCACAUUGUAGUGCUUUUUACCUCAAUAAACCAGAUGAAAGUCCAAAGUCUUGGAUAUCUGAUUCAGGAACAGGCCUGACUUACCGGAAGCUGGAGGAGAAGGAUGUGCACCACUGUCUGCCGGAAGUCUUAGAGGAGACCCUUGUCCCGUCCUCCUGCACAGACAUGUCCCCGAGCCAGUCUAACACUAGUAAUGAGAUGAAGCGACCAUCACUGAAGGAUAUUUAUCAUAAAAAGCAAAGAGGACCCAAGCAUUUACCGGAGAGGACUCUCACCUCUGCUCCCACUCCAAACCACCCGCCUGAGAUCCUGACUCUGGACCCAACAUUGCACAGGAAGCCAGGGCAGCCCACUGCAGGGAUUCCGCCACACGGCUUGGCCAACCACCUGGACGAGCGCAUGUCCUUUUUCCCGGACUCUGUCCUUGAGCCCAGUGUGUCCAGCCCCUCUGCCAUCGACUCGUUUUCCCAUGGCAGCCACGUCCCGCCCCGCCUGUCCGGAUUUCCAGAGUACCCCUCCCCUGGCCCGGGUGCCCUGAUGGACUCUUGGCAAAACCACACGUUCCCCGGCGAAAGCAGAAGCAGCUCCACGUUUCCGUCUGUGUACACCAUCACUAGCAGUGACCUCUCGGUCAACACCGUGGAGGAAGAAAGCACUGUCAUGGUAACCGCAGCCUCAGUCAGUCAGUGCCGGCUUCCAGGUACAGCCAACAGUGCCCCAGAAAGCAUUUCCUUGACUUCCUUGGACGACCCUGUGAUAUUGUCUAAGAUCCGACAGAACCUGAAGGAAAAGCACGCGCGACACAUUGCCGAUCUUCGCGAAUAUUACGAGUCGGAAAUUAGGAGCUUGAAGCAGAAACUGGAGGCCCAAGAGGUUUCUGCCAUUGAAGAGUGGAAGAAAAGCAACCAGAUUCUUGUGGACAGAUGCAGCCAGUUAGAUAGUGCCCUGAACGAGGUGACAGGCCGUGUGAGAACACUGGAGAACAAGAACAACCUCCUGGAAAUGGAAGCGAAUGAUUUAAAAGAACGCUUCAGUGCAGCCAGCACUGCCUCCAAGAUUUUGCAGGAACGGAUUGAGGAAAUGAGAGCGAGUAACAAGGAAAAAGACAGCACCAUCACUCGGCUCAAAUCCAGACUGCACGACGUAGAAGAAGCCUUUGAGGACGCUUACAAACGCUCGGAUGAGAAAGAAGCCAGACUCAAGCAAGAGAGCAAGAUGUUUCAAGACCUUUUAGGAGAGUACGAAUCCCUUGGAAAAGAGCACGAGAGAGUCAAGGAUACGCUAAAUACAACUGAGAACAAAUUGCUUGAUGCACAGACUCAGAUUUCUGAUUUGAAAAGGACAGUUUCCAAACUCGAAGCUCAAGUCAAACAAGUAGAGCACGAGAACAUGUUAAGUCUUCGUCACAAUUCCAAGACUCACACCAGGCCCUCACGUGCCAACUCGCUCGCGACGUCGGACGUGAGCAGACGCAAGUGGCUGCUGCCGGGCGCCGAGUACUCCAUCUUCACGGGCCAGCCGCUGGACGUCCAGGAGCGCCACGGCGGCCAGCGCGAGGAAGCCUGUGCUCCCGGGUGCCAUUCUCCUCCGGAGAAAGACUCCCCACCGCGAGGGUCGCCCGCAAGCUUCCUGAUGGCAAAGCAGAGAGAGACUCCGGACUCACCCAUCAUAAAGGCUUUAAAGGAACUCGAUGAGGAAAAGAUACUUAAAACCUGGGGCACACAGACAGACAAACAGGAUGUCUCCAAUAAAUUAGGGGGCUCCCAGCCGACAGAGACUCCGGCAGGUGCCAGCCGAGCCUUGGAGAAAAGUGCCCAGCAGAGACAGAAGCGGUUUAAUUCUUCCUCUCAGAGAUCGUCCUCUUUACCACCUUCCAACCGGAAGCCAAACACGCCAACAAAACGAGAGAUCAUGUUAACCCCAGUGACUGUGGCUUAUAGUCCAAAGCGCUCUCCCAAGGAGAACCUGUCCCCCGGAUUCAGCCACCUCCUUACCAGACACGAGCAUAGCCCCACCCGAUUUGAUAUACUUUUGGAUGAUUUAGAUACUGUUCCUGUGUCUACGUUACAACAUCCCAAUCCAAGAAAACAGCUCCAGUUUCUUCCUCUCGAUGACUCAGAAGAAGACAGAAUUCCAAAAAAGGCCGCCUCUGACAACCACGUGCAUCAGAGCUCUUGUCCCGAAUCAUCUCCGAACGGGGUGAAGCAGGUGCCCACCCGCCUGGCCUGGGAGGAGAGCGGACCGCUGGCCUCCGAGCCCAGCGCGCCGGCUCCCGGCCAGCCUCAGGCCAGCAGCUUCGAGUACACCGCAAAGAUUCGGACCCUGGCCGAAACGGAGCGCUUCUUUGACGAGCUCACGAAAGAAAAAGACCAGAUCGAGGCAGCGCUCAGCCGAAUGCCUUCUGCCGGAGGGCGGAUCACUUUGCAGACGAGACUAAACCAGGAGGCCUUGGAAGAUCGCCUGGAGAGGAUUAACCGGGAGCUGGGCUCGGUCCGCAUGACCCUGAAGAAGUUUCACGUGUUACGCACCUCUGCAAAUCUCGGAGACUUGUAG